AUGGGAAAUUGUUGUACCACGGAGUCGUCUAUGAAUUGGGGUGGUGACGAUUGGGGUUCUUUGUCAUCGUGUAAGAGAAGGAGUAUGAGUUCGGGGAAGGUGUUUGAUGAAGUUCAUGAGAUGAGUUUGGAGAACGUGGAGAAGGAGAAGCUCUUGGGUGCGCUGAGAGCUUCUUCUGAUGCCAAUGGGAAGGUGAAGAUCAAGAUCUCGAAGAAGGAGCUGGCACAGUUGCUAGGAGGGAAAGAGAAUAACAAGCAAUUGGGUGAAGAAGUACACGCUUCUGCGGAACAAGUUCUAGCUCGUUUGAUUCACGCUAGAGAUCAUGCCAGUAACGACUACAAUGAUCUUCAUCAUAGACCUUGGAGACCCGUGCUUCAGAGUAUACCUGAGGUUAAUUAG